AAUAUAUAUAUUAUAAAUAAUAAUGUCACAAGCCGUUGCCGCUGGCGCUGCAGCGCCUCGCAAGGAGGUAACCGGACUGCAUCGCAUGACCCAGCAAGGAUUACGAGAACUGUGCAAAAAGGAUAAACUAUAUCAGACGCCGCGUCUUAACGAUGUACUCUACUUGCACUAUCAGGGCUAUCAGUAUAUCGAGUGCCUGGAUGAGUAUACGGAACUCAAGUGCCUGUGGCUCGAGUGCAAUGCCAUCUCGGAAAUCGAGGGCCUGGAGAAACAGAGCAAGCUGCGCUGUCUCUUUUUGCAGAAUAAUCUUAUUAAACGCAUCGAGAACUUGGGCUCAUGUCCAUUACUGGAUACGCUGAAUCUUAGCUCAAAUCACAUACGCUUAAUUGAGAACAUCGGCACAGAUGUACUGCCCGUCUUGAAUACCCUUAACAUAUCGUCCAACUAUUUGAAGGACAGCGAGAGUCUCGCUCGUCUGGUGGACUGUAAGACCCUGGCCGUGCUAGACUUGUCCAAUAAUCGCAUCGAUGACAUUUUGGUGGUUAAGAUCUUCGAGAAGAUGCCCUGUUUGAAGGUCUUAGUGCUACACGGAAAUCCUGUCGUUUCACGUUUACCACAAUAUCGUAAGACUUUGAUUCUAGCCUGUAAAGAGCUAACCUACUUGGACAGUCGCCCUGUGUUUCCACGUGAUCGUGCCUGUGCUGAGGCCUGGAAACGCGAGGGUUACGAAGGUGAGCGAAAGGAAAAUAGGCGCUGGAAUCGCGCCGAUCGUAAAAAAAUGCGUGACAGUGUCAACUACACCAUUCAAUUGCGUAAUCGCCAUCGUCCAGCGGAUCAGCAAGAUGCAUUGAUUAGCUCAACCGAUUCGGAAGCAGAAGCGGAAGCCGAUAAAGGCGCUGAAAGGACACGUGUCAAAGCGGAUCUAGAAUACGGCUGUGUGGAUGACAUAUGGAGUGAAGUGUCUGGCGAUAAUAAGGAGGAGAACGAAAGCACGGACAGUUCACGUAUAGCCGAUGAGGCUACUGGCUCCCAGGAUGAAGAGCUAGCCGAGCAUAUUAGCAACCGACGAGCAAAGCCUUUAGACGGUCGUCCGAAGGUGCUAUACGAAUCCCAAUUUGCUGACAAUGAGGAAGACGCUCAAAAGGAAAUCAAUAAGGGGCUGGCUGAGGAGGUUGAGAAUACUAAUGAUAAUGUGGUGGCUCAAAAGGAAGUCAAUGAAACGGAUGUGAAAGCUGAGGAAAAACGUGGUGUGAAACGUUUGCUUAUAGAGGAAGUUAAGUUAGAACCACUUGAUGUGGAGUGCAAGGCAGCUGAAGUGGAGAAAGAACAGGCUGACAAAGCUGGCGAGGCAGUCAAAGCUGACAAAGCUGACGAGGCUAUCAAGCAUGACGAGGCUAAAGAAGAGGGAUCUACAGAAGAAAAGGAAAUAAAUCCAGAGGUUAAAGAAGCACAAGAUGAGCUGAAAAAUUUAUUAGAUGAAGUUGAGUGUAAGGAAAUACCAUGUAUUGUAACUGAUGAAGUAGAGGCAAAGCAAAUACCAGCCCUUGUAGAUGAUAAAGCAGAGGAUUCAGAGUCUAAGCAAAUACCAGCUCUUAUAGCUAACGAAGUAGAGCCAAAGCAAAUGACAGCAGUCGCAACUGAGCCAGAAAGCGGAUCUGAGUUGGAUCAAACUGCCAGAGCUGAACUAGAUAAAUCAUGCCAGAAAUUAAAAGCUAUAGCUUUGAAUGAAGGUGGAGAUCCAACGCCUGAGCAGAUCAAACAGAAUGCCAUAGACAGAAUGUAUGAGUCCUAUGGAGAUGAGAUAUUUGUCGAGCAGCCCGAGUUCAACAAGGCAAUGCUAGAGCCCGAAGAACCCAAAGAACGCCAAGAGCUUAAGGCUGCCAAAAAAGAGUCAACCGGAAAUAUCACAACAAACAAUAUAAUAAAGACUAAGGAGCAAUUGGAAUAUGAAGCGGAGUGCAUAGAGGCGAACGAGAUUGUGGAAUAUAAUAUGCAAGAGCUGAGCAGUCAAAUGGAUGAGGACCUGAAGGAGUUGAGCCAGCCUCUGGAGGAAAUACGAGCUACGCAGGAUGAAUUACAAAAGGACGGCAACAACAGUUCCGAUGAGGAGAAGGAGCAGGAUAAAAAGAAAUGCAUUGAGCUGACAACAGUGACGCAUUCUCUGCGCAUCAUCGAGGAGUUCAGUGUGCGACGCGAGCGCAUUUGCGCCCAGGAGGAAGAGCAACAGAAAGUUCAGAUUGAGGAGCUAGAAAUGGAGAAGGAAAAGGAAGACGAAUUGGAUGCGGCGUUUGCCAAGGCUCUGGACUCUUGCACAGAUGAUGUGCCCAUGCGAGUCUUUGGCGAGGGCUGCGAUCAGCCCAGCCACGAGUGGCACAAGGAAGAAUGUAUGCGUCAACUGACCAUAACAGAAACUCGAACAGAGCAGCACGAGGAUGAGGAGAUGUUCAAGGUGAAACCAUUGAAUGCAAAUAGUUGCGCCGAGCAAGCGGAAUUAAUUUGUGAGGAAAUGAGUCAGAAACUGGAGGCCGAAGAGAAUUCGCUGCGAGAACUACUGCAGCAGCUAGAGGAUGAGACAGAUGUCCUAUACGACAUCACGAGCGCCGUAGAGGACGAGGAGCUCGAGAAGCUGCCGGAGCCACCAGUCGAUGAGGUUUGCGCGGCGCUCAUCCAUGACCUAAUCGACGAGCUGCAGUAUCAGGAAAUAAUCAAUGGACAGAACAUUAAAUGCUUUGAUUUCGGAGUUAUUGAAUCGGAUGAAGAAUAUAGCUACUCAGCGGAUCCCCAGACUCAAUCGAUAGUGCCACCCGAGCUGGAGGAUCCAGCCGGUGGCAAAUCGUUGCGCGAGUGUCUCGAUGCCUUCGGCAAUUUUCUCACUUCUGUCAAAGAGCGCAAGAAGGAAAGAAAGUUAGAUAGAAAGGAGACAAGUAGCUCGGAGAAGGUGAGUGCAGCCAAGGCGCUGCUGAAGUCAAAAAUGAAAAAUGCCUACAUGGACGAAAGUCCCCGGGAGGUCGAGGCACAGCUGGCUAAGCAGGAGGAGAAGCGCAAACGUCGCGUUGCGGCCAUGGCUGACCGUUGUUUCUCCAAGCGCGACAGUUACGAAGACACACUCGAAGUUGUGGACAAUAAGCUGAUGAUUGUGAAGAAGGAUACCGGCGAGAUCCAAGAUCUGCCGCCGCCGCCAGCGCUGAUUAGUGAUACGGAGAGUGAGUCGGACAAUGACUCGUCCGCUGGCAACGAUCCCGAUGCCUACGAUACUGCCGAAGAGAUUAACGAGAAUAAAUCAGAAAGCCCAGAGAAUAGAAAUUUACGCGCUAAUUGGCCAAAAGCCGACCCAGCUGAAUUGGAGCUAAGCCAGGCAUCGUUAUCCCUCAAGGAUGGGGACGGUGUGGAGGAUCAAUCAAUCGAUCAGUUCUAUUCGCUGGAAGCGAGAGCCGCCUUUAAUUCUUUAGACUCCGAGUUCCUAGACAAAUUGGAUCUGCAAAAGGUAAUCGGCGUGGAUGGCGAAAUAACUGUGGAGGGCAUGCGCAGCUAUGACGAGUUGACAGCCGAUGAUGUAGUACAGAAAGCUGAACAUCCUGGGGCACUGGUGAAACAAGAUGAAAUGCUCAAGGAUCUAAUCGAACGCCAGCAUCUGCAGGAGGAACGCGAACGUCAGAUGGAAGAGUUAUCGAAGGAUUUGGGGGCGCAUAAAUUGAAGUGUAAAUCGAUAACAGAUCAACUUGAAAGCGAACUUAAAGAGGCGAAGGCUACGACGAAUUUCCUACAAAUGUUAAACAACUUGGAGUGUCCCAAAGAGGAGGAGUUGGGAGAGAAGAAACCGACAGGAAAUUUCCUAAAAAUGUUGAACUGGGGCAGUCCAAAAGAGAAAGAGUUAAAGGAGGAUGCCAUGGAGGAGCAACAGCAGCAGGAGGAACGAGAUGAGGAGCUAGACAAUGGCCAGGAGUAUCCUACCAUACAAUUAACGCUGGGUGCUUGUAAAUUAUGCGAAAUAAAGAGUCAAGUUGCGAAUACAAAAGAUGAGGAGGAAGAAGCAGCUGAGAAGGCUAAAGCAGCAGCAGCUGAGGAAAGUGAACUUAAGUUAGAGGAAAUAACGGCGAACAGUGAGCAAGUAGAUGAGAAAGCUGAGGAAAAAUCGAGCAAUGAAAUGGGUGAAAAGUCAGAAGGUAAACCCACCCCUACUGUCAGUGGCAACAUAGAUGAUGACAUUAUAUCGGAUGCAUCGACGGACUAUGAAUCAGGCGAGGAUAUAGCCGUUGUGGAGCCCCCGCGACUGCCCGAGGGUGCGCUCACUGAAUUGUUUAGCAAUCAGUUCGACGAGGAUGGCCUCAAGCUGGAGCGUGAGAAUGAAGAAGCACUGCGUAAAAAACUAUUCAGUUUGCCGCUGAGAGCUUGGGCCAGUCACAAUUCCAUAGAUAAAGUCGGAAAUAUGGCUAAGGAAAAACAAGUUUCCGAAUCAGCGGAGACAACUGAUGCGGAUGAUGAAAGCUGUGAGGUGGAUGCUGAAAGCUGUGAGGUGGAAGCGAAUAAGGAGUCUAAAAAAACUGCAAACGAAGACGAUGAUGACACGGAAUCGGGUGGCGCCAUCGACGAGCUGGCGCGCAAUGCCAAGCGUCAGUGGGCGAAAAUCUCACAGAAAUUGAGUGAGUUCAUCGAGGCCGACGAUCUGAAGCUAUUGGACAAGAGUCAGUUCAAUGAGGAGAACAGCGAUGGCGACGAUCAGGAAGAUGAGCUGGAGGAGAGUCUGAAAAAACUGAAUAUUAUUUACGAAGAGUGCGAGGCACAGAUUAAAAACGCUAGACCCGAAUAUAUGCAAGUCUGGCACGACGAGGAAGAAGAGGCUAAUGCACAAGAGAUUGAACAAGCACGGGCUGAAGAAGCUGAAGAGCCAGGAAUCGAUCUAGACAAGACUCUAGAAGCUAAUGAGCUAGAAGAAACUGAAAUAGAAAAUGAGCAAGAAACUGAGCUAGAAAAUAUACUAGAAGCAAAUGAGCAACAGCUGGAAGAAGAAGAAACUGAAGAGACUAAAAAGCAAGAACUCGAGCAAGGUGAAACUCUAAAAGCUGAAGAGCAAGAGCUUGUCUUAAAUGAAACUGAAGAAACUAGAGAUCAAGAAGCGAAAGUUGAUCAUGCCGAAGUCAAAGAGGAUAAGCGGAGCACAAAUCUAGAGCCAAUAGGCGAUGACCAGCCGUUGCUCAAGAAUCCAUCGAAACCCCCCAUAAUACUUGAUUACUUUGAAGAUAAUACCGAUACCGACAGCUUCCAUACAAUACCCGAACUGAAGACCGAAGAAAUUGAAUGUAAUCUGGAAAUACUCGACGAUGAUGCUAUAGUCAAGGAGGUGAGCGUCAAUGCCCAGGUCACCUAUGAGUUGAAAAAUGUGUGUUGUUCGACUAGGCACGUGUAGGAAACAUUGCGAACC